AUGAAUCACCAAACCAUACUAUUGAAUUCCGAGCAAAACUGUAGCGAAAUGUUUUCCGAACCAGUGCACUUUCCAUUAGUAUUCGGCAAUGAAACAUACGUCCUUACCAUACAAGAUCAACGGAAUGUUAUUGAUCGACGAAGCUGGUUUUUGUCGCGCUCUUCUAAAGCUCUGUCGACUAACGCUGUCCCACUGGGAGGAGAUAAUGGUCCAAUAAACCUUAACCCGCUGAUAGCUCAAAUAUUGAUGGAAUUACAAGCUAAUGGUGCAGCCUACCAAAUGGAUACCCUGCCAGCUCAGCAUAUACAACGCGGGCAAGCGAAACCAUUUUGCUUCCACUAUGAGAAACAAACCGACACCGAAGAUUUGUCAUACUAUCAGAACUACGAUCGUCUGAAGCAAGGGGAAAUGGUAAUAAAACACGUGCACUAUUAUGUGGAAUCUGCCAUGAAAAGUAGGGCCACAAACACGGAGACAACGAUGGAAACAGAAGAAAUAACUGACAUUGAAGAUAUUACGCUGUAG